CUGUGUGCGCUCUGCUCUCGCUCCUGUAUGUCAGCGAAUCACUGCUGCAGAAUGGAGACGUGAGAAAAACAGCGUUGUGAUUUAUAAAAUCACACCUCAUCUAUUCGAGGAACCUUUUUGCGCUCUUUUCCUCUGCCUACAAAUAUAAUCGGUCACUAGCUUUACCUCUGUUAAAUAUUUGUUCAGAAGUUAUGGACGUUAUAUUUGCGUACCUGCUGUGCGUCAGUCUGCGCGUUUCUCUGGCGGCUGAAUGGGAGAUUGUGGACACUAAUAUUUCCUUCCUUGGUGAUGUAAUCGACUACAAGGAUCCAUGUAAAGCUGCUGCCUUUUGGGGAGACAUUGCCCUCGAUGAAGAUGACCUCCGCAUGUUCAAAGACACCAACAAACGUGUUGGCCAGACCAAUCACACAGACUCAGGUAACAGCUCCACAUCCACUGAGAGUGUCAGCCCUCAGAGAGCUGCAGACAGACGGACUCUUCAUCGUCUGCGCAGAGCCGCCACCUCCAGACCUGAGCGAGUGUGGCCGGACGGCAUCAUCCCGUAUGUCAUCAGUGGGAAUUUCAGUGGCAGUCAGCGGGCCAUUUUCCGUCAGGCCAUGCGUCACUGGGAGAAACACACCUGUGUAACAUUCACUGAGAGGACGACUGAAGAAAGCUACAUUGUGUUCACGUAUAGGCCUUGUGGGUGUUGCUCCUACGUGGGCAGAAGAGGCAACGGCCCUCAGGCCAUCUCUAUAGGAAAAAACUGUGAUAAGUUUGGCAUUGUGGUGCAUGAACUGGGACAUGUCAUCGGUUUCUGGCAUGAACACACACGCCCAGACCGCGACCAGCAUGUGAGCAUCAUCAGAGACAACAUCCAACCAGGGCAGGAGUAUAACUUCCUGAAGAUGGAGCCAGAUGAGGUUGACUCACUCGGGGAGGUGUACGACUUUGGCAGCAUCAUGCAUUAUGCAAGGAAUACUUUUUCCAGAGGAAUUUUCUUAGACACAAUCCUUCCCCGUUAUGACAUCAAUGGAGUCAGGCCGCCUAUUGGACAGAGGACCAGGCUCAGCAAAGGGGACAUCGCACAGGCUCGCAAACUCUACAAGUGUUCAAAGUGUGGGGACAGCCUGCAGGAGAGCGCUGGAAACUUCUCGUCUCCUGGAUUUCCGAAUGGAUAUACAGAGUACGCUCACUGUGUGUGGAGGAUCUCUGUCACUCCUGGAGAGAAGAUUGUGUUAAACUUCACCUCUUUGGAUCUCUUCAGGAGCCACCUUUGUUGGUACGACCACGUGGAGGUCCGAGACGGGUUCUGGAGAAAAGCUCCUUUAAAAGGACGUUUUUGUGGAGACACACUUCCAGAUUCGAUCACAUCGACUGACAGUCAGCUGUGGAUUGAAUUCAGAAGCAGCAGCAGCUGGGUGGGCAAAGGCUUUUCAGCAGUCUAUGAAGCGGUCUGUGGUGGAGAGGUGAAGCGGGACAGCGGCCAAAUCCAGUCCCCAAAUUACCCCGAUGACUACCAGUCCAACAAAGUGUGUGUGUGGAAAAUCACUGUAGAGGAGGGCUUUGAUGUCGGCCUCUCCUUUCAGUCAUUUGAUAUUGAGAGACAUGACAGCUGUGCGUAUGACUAUGUUGAGGUUAGGGAUGGAGGUUCAGAAAGCAGCCCACUGCUCGGCCACUUCUGUGGCUAUGACAAACCGGAUGACUUCAAGAGCAGCUCCAACCGGCUCUGGCUGAAGUUUGUAUCCGAUGGAUCCGUCAACAAAGCUGGGUUUGCAGUCAACUUUUUCAAAGAGAUGGACGAGUGCUCGAGACCUGACAAUGGUCACUGCCAGCAGCGCUGUCUGAACACGCUGGGCAGCUACAGAUGUGCCUGUGACCCUGGAUUUGAGCUGGCAGCUGACAGACGCAGCUGUGAGACAGCUGCCUGUGGUGGGUUCAUCACCAAGCUGAACGGCUCCCUCACCACCCCCGGGUGGCCCAAAGAAUACCCUCCAAACAAGAACUGUUUGUGGCAGCUGGUGGCACCCAUUCAGUACCGAAUCACCCUGGUGUUUGACGUUUUCGAGACUGAAGGAAACGAUGUGUGUAAAUAUGAUUAUGUGGAGGUGCGCAGUGGACUGAGCUCAGACUCAAAGCUUCACGGGAAGUUCUGUGGAGCAGAGAAACCCGAGGUCAUCACCUCCCAAAACAACAACAUGAGGAUCGAGUUCAAAUCGGACAACACUGUCUCCAAGAGGGGCUUUAAGGCCCACUUCUUCUCCGAUAUCGAUGAGUGCUCCAAAGAAAACGGAGGCUGCCAGCAUGAAUGUGUGAACACCUUCGGUAGUUACAGCUGUCAGUGCCGCAGCGGCUUCAUGCUGCAUGAUAACAAACAUGACUGCAAGGAAGCCGGCUGCGAUCAUUUUGUAAACACUGUGUCUGGCACAAUAAGUAGCCCUAACUGGCCUGAUAGAUACCCCAGCAAGAAGGCCUGCACCUGGUCCCUGUCCACAACCCCAGGCCAUCGUGUCAAGCUUAUUUUCAACGAGAUCGACAUGGAAGCUCAUCUGGAGUGUGCUUACGAUCACCUGGAAAUCUACGACGGGCGAGACACACGUGCGCCAAGUCUGGGACGCUUCUGUGGCACCAAGAAACCCUCUCCAGUCGUAUCCAGUGGAAACAAAAUGUUCCUGCGUUUUUUCUCAGACAACUCUGUGCAGAAGAGAGGUUUUGAAGUCACAUACGGAGCAGAAUGCGGAGGAAGCCUGAAAGCCGAGGUCAAGACAAAAGACCUGUACUCUCACGCCCAGUUUGGAGAUAACAACUAUCCCAGCGGUUCGGACUGCCUCUGGGUGGUCUCUGCUGAGAAGGGGUACGGCGUGGAAAUCAUCUUUCAAGUGUUUGAGAUCGAGGAGGAGGCGGACUGCGGUUACGAUUACGUGGAGCUGUAUGACGGCGCUGACAUCAAGUCUCCGAGGCUGGGGCGAUAUUGUGGAUCCGGGGCCCCCGAGGAGGUCUACUCUGCAGGGGAUGCCAUCGUUCUAAAGUUUCACUCAGACGACAGCAUCAAUAAGAAAGGUUUUCAUGUACGCUACACAAGCACAAAGUUCCAGGACACGUUACACGCAAGCAAGUGACUCGUUCAAAGCUACCCAAAAAAAGCUAAAUGAAGACUUCAGCCCUAGCAUUUAGAGGGACACACCCGUUAUCCAGACGAGAGUGAAUGCAUGGAUUGACACCACAAACACCCACCCACAUACUUCACAUACACUUGUGUUAGAGUGGAGCCCUGCAUCUUCACUCUGCUUCACUUUAGAGCUUUGUAGGAUGGGAGGUAAGGAGUAGUUUGCAGUGAUUCUUUUCAGUCCUUUCAGUCGCACGUUAUGUUGUAGAGCUGUUCUAAAGGUAUAAAAUGUAUAUAUUGUGA